AUGCUCAAGUCCAUAACAUUUAGAUGGAUAGUGCAAAUCAUACUAACUGUGCUCAACAUAGUUGGUCUCUUGUUGUUCUUCCGCGGGUUUUUCCCAAGUAAAGUUGUCCUUCCGGGCCACAAUGAGUUCUCUAGCGUUUCUCCGUUCUUGAAUCGGGGCAAACCUCAAUUCUCCAAGUUUGUACUUAUGGUGGUGGACGCCAUGCGGUCUGAUUUCUGCUAUAGUGACACGCAUUCCAAUUUCCAUUUCUUGCACGAGUUGAUUAAUCAAGGGCAUGCGAUUCCAUUCACGGCGUUUUCCAAUCCUCCUACGGUGACAUUGCCCCGGCUCAAGGGGAUAACUACCGGUGGCACGCCCAAUUUCUUGGAUGCAAUUGUCAAUAUCAACGAUGAUAAGCUGGACACAUCGCAGGGAUUGAACAGCCAGGAUUCAUGGGUGUAUCAGUUUUUGCAUGCCGGUAAAAAGAUCAACUUCUUUGGCGAUGAUACGUGGUUGAGGUUAUUCCCAGACCAGUUUAGUGAAGUUGAUGGCACGAAUUCGUUUUUUGUCAGUGAUUUCACCGAAGUUGAUCAUAAUGUGACGAGGCAUUUGGAUAAUCAGUUAAGUGGGAAUAAUUGGGACGGGUUGAUUUUGCAUUAUUUGGGGUUGGACCAUAUUGGUCAUAAAGGUGGCCCUGAGUCAGUAUACAUGAAAUCCAAACAAGAAGAGAUGGACCAGGUAUUGAAGAGAUUGUACACUUAUGCUGAAAAGCUGAGAGAGGAUAUCGUUAUUGUACUUAUGGGAGACCAUGGUAUGAAUGAGAUUGGGAACCACGGAGGUUCGUCCAUUGGAGAAACUUCGGCUGCAUUAACUUUCAUCUCACCUAAAUUCAAGCAACCAGGAUUGGUUGCCCCCGUGAGCAACGUCAGUGAUUUUGCAUACUAUAACAAGAUCAGUCAGAUUGACUUGGUUCCUACAUUAUCUACACUUUUAAAUAUCCCCAUUCCAAAGAACUCGCUUGGGAUUAUCGCCAGACCUGUGCUUGAACUUUGGCCGGAAAAGGCAAGAUUGCCUAUCUUGUUGGAGAACUGUAAACAAGUUAUGGAUUUGUAUAUUGCAAAAUAUGAUGAUCGUACCGAAGUAGUUGAAAAAUGGGAGAGCUUAAAAGCAGAAUCAUCCAUUGACAAAGUGUACGAGUUUCUUUCUGACAUUCAAGGAGAUAUGGCUGCUUCUGCUACAAACUAUGACUACUCCGAUUUGUUCAGCGGAAUAGGAAUAGUGUUUGGGGUUACGAUUGUCACGAUAAUCAUCUUCAACUUUUACUUUUUACGAUCUGGAAACAACGAUGCAAGGCUAGUCUUCUUUUACCAAAUGCUUGUUGUAAUUUAUGCAAUUCAUUUCCAUGGAUCGUCAUUAAUCGAAGAAGAACACCAACUUUGGUAUUUCUUUACUUCAGUAAGUUUAGUCUACCUUGGUUUUGUCUACUUUAAAUCGUCGAACUUGGCCUAUUUGACAUUGAUAUUUGCAGGAAUACGUAUAAUCAGAUCAUGGAACAACAGUGGACAAAAGUACUCAUCCAAGUACAAUAUUGGAUACUAUCUAUUAAACUCCAACAGUGCAUUACUUUGGACAUUAAUCACAUUGACUUAUUUCAUCGUGACAUUGUCUACCUAUGCUCAAGGAGCUUUCGUCAAUACAUUCACAUUCUCCAAUACCAACACAUUAUCAGGCGCUCAGGAUUUCGGAAACAUGCUUACUUUCAUCACAUUGUUUGUGGUUGCAUCCAUGUCGUACCUGUUCAAACUCAUGCAAUUUUACCUUGAUGGAAACGUUUUACCACCGGUGGCUAGGUCGAUAUUCCUGUGGGCUGUUGAUUCAUAUGGGGUCAAAUUGGCCCAGCUUAAUGAUCAUGAUGCCAAGAUUCAAUUGGCAGAAGUAUGUGUGAGUUUGUCGCGGAUGACAGUAAGUGCAAUCUCGUUUGUGCUUUUCAUUCGGAUAAUCGUGGGCAGACUUCGUGGGAUCAAAUGGGGAACAGCCACAGACGUGACCAAUUUGAUUACGAUGUACCUUAUGCAUCAAUCCAGAGUCGAGAACAUUCCCAUAUUUGCUGUGUUGCUUGUGAUUAAGUUUGCGUGGGCCAGGUUCACAGUUGAUUUGCUAAAGCGGAAACAGACGUUGAAUAUCGACCAUGACAUACUUACUAUAACUAUUAUUACCUUGUGUUUGCAGAAUUUGACCUUCUUUAGUAUGGGAAACACCAACCUGUUGGCCACCGUCGACUUGUCCAAUGCCUACAACGGUAUCAAAGCAUACGACAUCAUCCCUGUGGGUGUGCUCACUUUUAUCUCCAACUUCCUGGGUCCGGUGUUCUGGUCAUUGUCAUCGUUGCAAAUGUUGUUUGAGCCAAGUAAAGCGGCUUGGGAUAUCUUUUCCAAGAAACCCAUCACCAAGGACUCCAUUACGGAUUUGAUUUUCUUUCCGAAAUUGAAAAAGAUGAUUUUAUGGGUCAAGACAUUGACGAGCUUGUUGUUUUACAGCGUGGCUGGUGUUAACUUGUUGGGGUCCUGCUUGAAUUUGCGAUUCCAUUUGUUCAUCUGGAGUGUGUUCUCUCCCAAGUUGUUAUACUUUGGCGUAUGGGUGGUGUUGAUUAACUUUUUGGUUGAUUUAGUGGUUGCUGGGUUGGUUUUACUCGUUAUGUGA